AUGGCGCCAUUACCACCAGUCCCAUUGCAGUUGCAGACCGAGUCCAUCGCAAUCUCCUGCAUGGACAUGCACACGACAGGAGAGCCAACUCGGAUCGUUUAUGCUGGCUACCCUGAGCUAAGGGGCACACUCACGGAGCAGCGUGCGCAAGCUCUUGCGGAGCAUGAUCAUAUCCGUCGUCGUUUGAUGUGGGAGCCACGAGGUCACUUCGACAUGUAUGGGGCAAUCCUUCGCCCGGACACUGAACUCACGGCUUCAGGCCAAGCACAUAUCGGAGUACUUUUCACCACCAAUGAAGGCUACAGCACGAUGUGUGGGCACGCGACCAUUGCCCUGGGACGCUUUCUCGUCGACUGCAAGGACGAGAGUGUCUUUUCGAGGCAAGCCCAGCUGCAGCACGACACGUCCUCGAACACGGCCAUACUGAAACUGCAUGCACCCUGCGGUCUGCUCGAAGUUACCGUUCCGACGAGACCGACGUCAGAUGGCGGCUUUCAAUCUGAUCCAAGCCGUCCUGUAUCGUUCAUCUCGGUUCCCUCCUUCGCAACAGGCAUCUCAGUCAACGUCCCAAUCCCCGUCGAAUACCAAUGGCUCGAGCUUUUCGACCGGGACUACGUCACUGUCGACUUUGCUUACGGUGGGGCCUUCUACUGCUUCGUCACAGCUCGCGAGCUUGGCUUCUCCAGUGCACCGUUGACUGAGCUCGAUAUAUCACGGUUGGACGUCGCUACGCGGAAUCUCAAGGCAGCCAUUACCACUAAUCCAGCCCUGAGCAAGUACUACACCUACAAAGACGACAAAGGAUUGAGCUUUUUGUACUCUAUCCUGAUCGUGGUAAAGGCGUUUGGUGUUCCAGCAGAAGGUACAAGUCAUGCUGAGGCGGGCAUGUGCUUCUUCGCAGAUGGUCAGAUUGACAGAAGCCCUACUGGUAGUGCCGUGGCAGCAAGGAUCGCCUUAGCUGUAGCGAAAAGGGAGCUGGCAGACAAGGAGAAAAGAACAUAUCAUUCAUUGGUAAGCCUGGCGAUGGAUGACAAAGAAGAGGAAGGCUCCCCAAAAAGGGGCAAAGGAGCCUUCGUGGGGAGUGUACACAAAGAUUUAGGCUACGAAGUCUCUGGCAAGCCCGCCGUAGAAGCGUUGGUACAGGGAUAUGCAUAUUAUACCGGCUACUCGACGUAUGUGGUCGAGGAUGCAGACCCGCUCGGCGACGACGGCUUCAUCUUCCGGCAGCUGAGCAAGGCAAAGCCCGAGAGUAAGGCCAGCGAUGAAGAUCCAUAA